UGCGACAUCCAUAAGACUCGCAGGACUCUCAGAGGCACUCUCGAGCUGUCCCCAGCCUGUAGCUCCAACAAACAGCCCGCUGGGACAUCACGCUGCGCUCCGGGCAGUCUGCUGAUCUCUGCCCGGAUUUACCCCUCGAACAGGACUGUGGGAGCGAUGCGACGUCUCGGAGGAGGAGGAGGAGACGAACUGGCCAGGCAGCAGCAGACACCUGAGAGGAGGAUCUGAGUUUGUUUCUGUAACGUCAAAGAAAGGUUUAUUGCGGUCAUCACUAUGACUGAUGGGGAUUAUGACUUCCUUAUAAAGCUCCUUGCCCUGGGGGACUCCGGCGUGGGGAAGACCACGUUCCUGUACAGAUAUACAGACAACAAGUUCAACCCCAAGUUCAUCACCACAGUCGGCAUCGACUUCAGGGAAAAGAGAGUGGUCUACACAGCGUCUAACCCCAAUGGGACGACCACGGGUAAAACCUUCAAGGUUCACCUUCAGCUCUGGGACACAGCUGGACAGGAAAGGUUCCGCAGCUUGACCACGGCCUUCUUCAGGGAUGCUAUGGGGUUCCUGCUGAUGUUCGAUCUCACCAGCCAGCAGAGCUUUCUCAACGUCAGAAACUGGAUGAGCCAGCUACAGGCGAAUGCUUACUGUGAGAACCCAGAUAUUGUUUUGGUAGGGAACAAGGCGGAUCUGGCCGACCAGCGGGAGGUUCAGGAGAGACAGGCCAAGGAGCUGGCCGAAAAAUACGGGAUCCCGUACUUUGAGACGAGUGCAGCGACAGGAGCAGAUGUGGACAAGGCGGUUCUAACGCUGUUGGACCUGGUCAUGAAGAGGAUGGAGCAGUGCGUCGACAAACCCCCUGCCGAGCCCGCCAAUGGGAACGGGGCCACAAAGCUUGGUGAUGCACAGCCGAUUGCUAAGAAAUGUGCAUGUUAGAUGAAGAGGCGAUACAGGACAACAACCAGUCAGUGCUGCUCUGUCGUCUGUCCUUCUUCUCACCACAUUCCUUCCUCUGUUUACUUUAUCCUUGUCAUUUUUGAUAGCAUGUCUCUUCAUCGUUUCAUCACCCCUGUGCUCUUUAAAGCUAACAUUUAGCCAUGUUCUCCUAUUUUGGUUCUUUUCCUCCCUUUAUGCUUACUUGUCCUCCCUAAUGUCAUUCUGACAAUGAAAGAACUCUAUCCCCCUCUAAUGGACUCUUACGGUAAUACAGUCUCUGUUGGUCUGCCUUUAGGAGGAAAUUAAAACAGGAGGGGACAGUUUCAUCACUGUCAGAUGCAUAAUGUGCCUAGUUAAAAACAUGCACCCUGGGAAUAGGCUCUGCACGCUCCCAAUUUAACUGCUCGCAAGUGCUUUGAAUGAUUUAACGGACCUAAACAGUCAAAAAGACACAUGUAAAAGUUUAAUUUGGACUCUUUAUAUGUUGAUCUAUCUAUUUAUGACUGCAAAAUGAGGGGGAUUUAACUUUGUUUUUAAUCAGUAUUGGUCCUCUUCUAAAGUGUUUGCUCCUGGAUCACAGUGAGAAAUUGUGUGACUGAUAUGGUUUAAUUCCUCUGUUAUUUAUAAUUGUUUUUUCUCCCCAUUUCACAAAGUGUCCUAUGCUGUACCCAUAUGAGCCACAUUUAGUAACUUUUUGAUUUUUACAUUUUUUUGUCAGGUUUAGACAUGGCAGACAUUUGCUAAAAAAUGCAAAAUGCUUUUUCUUUUUGUUAAUAAAAUAAAAAUUUAUAGUGCAGCAUAACAUAAAAUAAAAUCACCCACUGCUAGCUUCUUUUGUUUCUUUCUCUAGGUAACAUCAGAUAGUACCCUCUCAUGCAGUAUGGUAUCAAAAACAUGUACUUUUUUCCAUUGUCACUAAUUUUGUUUACAGGUAGAAUUGUCUUAUAUAGAUUAUAGAAAGUUGCACACUUAAUAAAGGGUAUAGCAUUUGACCUCGAUUGUUUGUGACCAUAUAUUAUAUUUCAUUCUUUUACAAUGAAGACACAAAUUUACCACACAAAAACAACCAAACAGCAUACAGCAUGUGACAUCAAUAACAUUUUAAAAAUGCUUGGUAGUGAGUGGGGAUCACCAUCCAAGCAGAUGAUGUAUCAUGUUCCUACUGGCUCCUACUUGGUUGGUGAUUCUUAACGUUCACUUUCUGACCACAAUCAGAAAAAAUCUAUUUAAACACUCCCACAUUGUCAGUGUUUUUUGUUUGUUUGUUUUUUCAGUGUUCUACCAACGUUAACGUUUUUCAUUUAAAGUUUUUUUUUUUUGUGGGGUGGGCAGGGGUUUAUUAUUAUUUUUUGUUAAGCCACAUCACCUGGUUUUUUGUUUAGUUUUUUUGUUUGUUUUUAAAUGGCAAACUUGAGGUUUUCACUGAAGUAGAAGACCACAAAUACUGGCAUUUUCCACCUUCUCAUAUCAAAUAUUAGCAUUUGAUAAGUUUAGAUAUAUCCUAGUCUGCUAAGGAUUCCUAAUAUCAUUAGAAAAGUUUUUUUUGGCUAGAUUUUAUAUAUUUGUUUCCAUUUCCAAAGUAUUAAUUAAGAGACAGUUUUUUCAGAUGGCUGAUGCCAUCAACACUAUAAAAGAUGGGCAUAGCUACUUGUUUUGAAGCCUCAAAAUGAGUGAUUUUGGCAUUGUGAAACCAGAUGUAGUGGAGCCAAAGUAAGCCAUAGUGAGCAUAUCCUGGAUAAUCCUCCUUUCUGACAUUCAGAUUGACCAGAAUAUACAAAAUAAACUUAACGUUUUAGACGGUGUGACCUGAAAUGAGCAACUGACCUGAUAAACUCGGUAGCAAAAUGUUGACAGACAUGCAGACAGAGGGCCGUUUUCCUUACUUCUACAGAAACAGAAAUCUUUUGGAAUCACAGCCCAUUGUUGGCCUUUGGAAAGAAUGCCAUCUUUAUUAUAGGACUUGUAUGGGUAUAGCAUGACACAUGUGCAAUAAAGGAAAAAAAAUUGCAUAUUGAUCAUUUUAAUAGUGUUUAUCAGCAUAGAUGUGUUGUUCCAAAGUGACCUACUGCCUUGACCUUUGAAGCAUUAUUCCACUGUAGUCAGGCAGACCUUGUUGGAGAUGGUCCAGCUGUGCUGUUAGAUGUUUGGGAGGCACAUUGUCAUUGUAACGUUCUACCAUUUACUUAAAAAGCUCAAAAUAAAGUAGUCUUUCCAGAGAGCAAAACAUGUCCUAAACAAAAAAACAGCAACAAAUCAACAUCCAAGCUCUCUGAAUAAAUCCUUUCUAAUCACAAAAAUAAUAAUAACAGGAUAGAAUGGGAGUAAAAUGCAGAAUUAGCUUUAUCAGGUGACAUGAGAUCUUCAGUGCAGCUGAUUUUUGAUUUAGACUUUUUCACAUCUUUACAUCAGAUAAUCAGAGAAACUCCAAUAUGGCUCUGGGCUCCAAUUCUGUCCAUGACUAAUGUUAGAUUAUAUGUUGACCAGUUAUUUAUUUUACAGUACAUUUGAGACAUAUGUAGUUAUUUCUGUUGUCCUGUUUUUGUUCUGUUCUUUAAAUCCCACGUUCCCGUGUUACUUCAUCUAUUUUAAUUUACAUGUACAAGAAGCUGCUUUUAUAUUGAUUUACUUUUUCAUUGUUUUAGUAUUUUUGUGCUCAAAGCAUAAAAACAAAAAAUCCAGAAACUUUGGUUUUACUGAUUUCAGCUUUGAGUUGUCUUGGUUAAAUCUCUUCAACCUGGAUUUGGGUGGUUUAUCCAGUUCAUCCGAGCUAAUCUGCAUCUAGCGUCAUCAGAUUGGAUGGGAAGUGUCUUCUUUGUGCCUCUCAAAAGAUGUUCUGAUGGAUUCAAAUUUUGGCUUGGCCACUUAAGAACCAACAGUGAUUUGCCCUGAAGCUUUUCCAGCAUUGUAAUGGCUCUGUUCUUUAGUUCAUUGAUUCAUGGUUUGCUGAAAGAUGACUGGAUGUCUCAGCCUGUGGUAGAAGCACUCAGUAGAUGGGUUUUCUUCCAAAACUUUUUUUUUAUUGGGCAAAAACAUGUUGUCACUGUGUUAUUAACUUUAGAUUAAUCAGGAAAUAUAUAAAUGUAAUCCAACAAAAGCGUGUAAAAAGUGAAGUAUUUUUGAAGCCGCUACAGUUUAGCAUUUAUUUUAAAUUUUUUGGCUUAGUUUUUUUUUUUUUACAACCUUUGAACUCACUGAGGACAGGAAAAGCCUAUGUUUUUGCACCAGGACCUAACACCUGAAACACGACUACAGUGGCAUGUAUUUAGAUGGUAAUUACAAAAUCCACUAUAUUAAAAUGUCAAUUUCAUCUUCGAGUCAGUGAUAUUUUUUUGGGGGGGAUUUUUUUUUUUGUGCGUUUGUUUAAAGUGCAGCUCACAGUUUUCCAUAAAUCAAAUAACACCUUGUGUGAUCAAAGAAUAUUGAGGAAAAAAAGAUUAGAUUGGCUGCUGAUAAAUGUUGAUUUUUGUGCAUCAGUGAACCAGCUGAGAAAGUUCAAAGCUGUUCCAACUUGUGGAGGACUAUAGCUGUAGCGCGCUGGGUUUACUGUAGGCUGUCAUUCAAAGCAAAUCAAAGACCAGGGCUUAACAAAUGGGUCAUUAGGAAGAAGUAUAUAUAUUAUCAUUUUCCUUUAUUCAUUUAGGUAAACAUCUCAUUAAGAUUAAAAUCUCUUUCAUGAGAGACUUGGCCAACAGGGCAGCAGAAGUUACAAUAAAUACAUACACAUAACACUAUAACAAGCAAAGAAACAAGUGCAUAUAGCUUAAAACUUUAACCACAAAUUGAAUCUGACAGUGUGUUAAAUAACAUUUUUUUCAAGUAAAUAUUUGUUACUUUAGUUUUCUUGACAGCUAAACAUAUUCAUUUGCCAACAAUUGAUUUCAGUGCCAUAUUUAAGUGCUACUUACAGUAUAUUUGAUUUUUAGAUGUUCAACAAUAAUUUGCUGAUAAUAUGAAGCAUUGACUCUGAUGUCUCCCAGUUACUUGGCAGAAAAUUCUGUCUUUCUGUAGGCUGGUUUGCAGCAUUGUGUAUGUUUUCUACAGGUGUUAUCUUUUAUUUUGGUUGUAAAUUAUGCAGACGUUGUUUGUAUGGGUAAAAUAGUUAUAAUGUACAAGCCACUUAUGUCUAAAAGUAUAGUUGGAAGAGAAACCUCAGUAAAACGAACUAAGUAAAUGUGUGGUUAUUAGUUUACUCUGGCCCACCUUUUAUUCAUAAAGCGAGUGAUGUUUUAGCAGAAAUCUAUCGUUUAGCCACUAGAGGGCAGAAGAUCGAGUGGCAGUCCUUGCAUGUUAGCAGUCAGAAGCCAGAUUACACACCUAGCGCAUGUAGACAGGAGUUGUAAUUCUUUACUCCAUUGUUCACCUUCCUCUUAGCUUUGGUUGAGUCUCCUCCAUAAAUAAAACUGGAUUUGUAGCUGUUUAAUGUUUGUGUCUUUGUUUUUUGCCUGUCUGCCAUUUGUUGAAAUUGUUUGGGCUGGCCAGAGCAGCAAGACCAAACCGGGUAGUAAACGUGCCGUAAAACCAAAACUAAAGCUGAAAGAGGCUAAAAAGCUCCGUACCAUGCUGCAUAAUUGUGAGUUCUCUGUGAGUGUCAGUUUUUAACAUAGUCAUGUCAAUUAUUGCUAUUAGAGAAAUAUUAAUUAGUCCUGCUUUUUUUUUUAAAUUUUUUUUAAAGUGUUGAUUUUAUGAAAAUCUUUACUUGAAUGCUUAAAUGUUUCUUUUUGGUAAGUUUUUGUUGAUAGAAAUUGAUGAAAAUGAAUUAUGAGGCAAAACAUGACAUGCAGUUGCUUAACUACUUUAACUAGAUGACAUGCAACUUAUUAGGACUAAUAAAGUUAGGGAAAUUGCUUCAAUAUUGAUUAACUUUACAAUGUCAAAAUCGCAGCUCGGGUCAAACAGAUUAACACUAAAAGUCUUUGUAUUUGAGAUCUGAACCCUUCUCCAAAUGGGCAAGAAUUUUCCUCAACCAAUGCCUUUAAUUGUGACAAUCUUCUAGGACAAAUUGUCGGUUUUUACCUGAACCCUUCUUCCAAUAUUGCUCAUCAUGUCUUCAUUUCAGUCUCUAUU